AUGGCCGCGCCUGGCAGCAACCGCUAUGCGAUGUUCGCUAGUGCAGACAGCAGCGAAGCUCCCGUCCGCAGUCCCGCUAUUGACCAUUCUCAAAACCCAUUCCUCAACCAGAUUGCCGAUGACUCGAUGCCAUGGCAAGAGGUCAAGAAGCGCGGCGCUCCUGCAGUACAGCCGGCACCACCGGUUCGACGCUCUCCGCAGGUGCUGAAUGACCGCACCAAGGCUAUCCUCAACCGCCCGCGCGCCCAGCAAGGGCAAGAUCGCAUCGUCUCGGGCUCAACGGACAACACACCCGAAAAAGCAUACGAUCCACACGAGAACUGGUGUGGAGUCUGCUCGUACAAGUUCGCCAACAAAGCUGCACUGCUCAGUCACAUUAAGCAGAGCGUCGGACACGAAAACUAUUGCAACCUCUGCAAGCGCGUCUUUGUGGACCGCAAUGGUCUCAAAAACCACGUCGACAAUGCAGCGAACCAUGAAGUUCAUUGCAACCUUUGUCUCUCCGCUUUCAAGGAUGACUGGGCUCUCAAGAACCACUUCGAGAAUAACUACAGCGUCGGCCAUGAGUGGGUGUGUCUUACUUGCCUGCUCGGCUUCAACACUCGCGCUGAGUUGGAGCGACAUCUUCAAACCGCUGCGAAGCAUACGUGGUGCGGAACAUGCCAGCGCCGAUUUCGCAAUCAGGAUGAACGGGAUGCACAUUGGGAACAGACGAACAGUUGCGACUUCGAUGGGCCGGACCAGACCACGCUUGCACGGCAUCUCAAGUGUGAUCACUUCCAGUGCGAAGGCUGCAAGCGCAUACUACCGAGCUUUACCAAGCUUACGCAACACUACGAGAGCUGUGCAUUCGCACUUGCCUGCCCCCAAUGCGGCGAGCACUGUGCUGGAAAGACCCAACUGGGUAUUCACCUCGAGAACUGUUUCCUUUGCGAGGAGUGUGGCUUCCACACUCACCACGAGGGUAACUACCACAUUGUGAGUGAUCUGCCACGCGAUCAACUCGCGACUGCCACGCUGACAACACACCAGCACAUGACUAAGCAUAGGUCCGCUGACAUUGGCUGUUGGGCCUGCGACGCACCGAUGCGCACCUACUCCAGCCUCAUCAAUCACUUGGAGUCGGGUAAGUGCCCCAACUUCAACGACCCGGCACUUCUUACGCGCUGUCUCGGAAAGUGGUGGUACUCAGCGCUUUACAUGGAUCUCGAUAUGCAUGCGUCCAUUCGCAUAGGCCGCGUCGAUAUCCGCGAGGUACAGCGUUGGUCGGCAGCUGGUGACCUUCACCCUUUCGUGUGUCGCGACGAGGGAUGUGGAAAGGUCUUCGGUCAUCUGAGUUCGCUGGUAUUGCACUGUGAGAGCCAGGCUUGCGGUUGGGGUGUCGAUCGCUUGAACAUGCCGGGACUGGAGAGGGAGUUCAAGCACGCGUGUCUUCGGAGGGACAGUGCCACUGCCUAG